AUAAGUGAGCAUAGUCCGUCUCGUGACUCAGCCCGGUGAGAUAGCGGAGCUAUAUAAAACGUGAUUCAACAGGCACGAACAUGUGCGUUCUAGUCGCCGACCGGGGAAUGCCCACUGGUUCCGGAUGCCACGUAUAUCUGCAUUGUAUAAGGCACGUGCGAGGGGUAAUCGAUAAAAAGACGUUAACGCAAUCACGAAAGUAACGCACGCACGUCACAUAUCAGAGGUAUUUUCCGAGCCUAAACAAAUCGAUUCAGUGAGAGAAUUUAAUUAAACAGAGUUGGAAUUUUGUAAUUUGUAAAUCUAAUAUGUGGAUAUAUAUAAGUUCCUUCUCCUGCACGAACCUAAAACCUUCAUCGCUCGGUUGUACCGAGAUAGGUUGACAUUUAACUGUUCGUGGAAGAGAUAAGCAGGGCGACUAUCCUUUUCCAGAGGAUGACGCAAUCGAUGACGCAUUUCGUCCGCAUCGUCAUCGUGGGAUUUCUCGGACGUGCACGGACAUUUUCCCGGAUCAGCGUUUAUGCUCGAGCCAAGAGAUCGAAGUCCGCCUCGCGGAAAUGAGAGCCACCUCGACGCGCCAUUUCCGCGGACUUUAGUCCGCCUCCCUCGUAGGUCGAGCGAAAGUCGCCAGCUGGCGCCUCGUUCCUCGGUCGAGCUGGACAAGAAAUCAGGUUGCUGCUGAGGAGAGUGCGGAAGGAAAUGCGGCAACGUUGCGAGAGACUACGUGAGCGGAGAUGCGCGGCAUGAAUAGCACCGACAUCUGACAGGCCACCACAUGGAGGACUCCGGGGAUGUGGCGGGAAGGAGGAACCAGCGGUUUGACGUGGUGUAUAACGGGCAGGAGAGAGACAGAGUGAGAACGAGAGAGGGACGCGGAGAGAAGGUUGAAGAUCGGACGCGUAAAAGUUUCCGCAGCGGUGGGGAUCCUUACUAAAGGUGCGGCACGACGACGGGGAUGAGGGAAAACACGUCGCUGCCUGGUCACAGCCGUAACAUAACCAAGGUAAUGUUACUGGACUGGGACUGGAGCUGCCGCCCGCGGGGACCUUUUCAAAUUUUGUAAAAUUCUCUGGUGCAUAGACGUGUCUCCUCUAGUCGUCUCCUCGAAACGUGCGUGUCGGACCUUAAUGUUUGGUCCAUGUAACCGUAAUUCUGCGCUUUAACUUUAUGUAAGAAAGUCUUGUUUAGUCGUGCGUUUUGCAUCUGCGUUUUAUUCUUUUAAAUACAAGCGAGUAUAUACACGUUUAUGCGUGUGGAGAAAAAAGAAUAAUGAAUGUAGAAAGUACGAGGCUAUCUUUACAGAGAUCUUUAAGUUUGGAAUUUCCAUCUGACAUGUGUCUAUUUUCAUUUCAAAUGCGAGUUUCGGUUCGAAAGUCGAGUCCGUCGUAAAUUAAGAUAAAUGAAAGAAAAAAAAAAUUCACUGCGACAAUCGAACUUAUCGAUAAGUGCGAGUGUCUCGAGGGGCGACGCGCCUCGACGAUGAUUCGAAAUAAAGAUCAGAAGCUACAUUUAAUCGGUAGAUAAAUCAUUAUCGCGAGUAAAUCAAUUACGCGUCGUGAUACGCGAUUCGCAUUUAUUUAUUCUUUUUUCUUCUUAAAAUAAAUCAUUAUAAUUUAGAUGUAUCAAUUCUCGAGCGAAGACGACAUCGUAAUCUUGCUUUUUUUUUCUCACACACUAUUUUUAUUUAAUUCAACAUUCAUAUAUCAGACUUUAAAAGGAGUCUCCCUCUCUCUUUCACGUUUUAUUUGUCAUAAACUUUUUCAUAAGCAUGAAAAUAAACUCCGCUCGCAUUGUCCUUUUAUAUACAUCGUUGUAAACGAAGUCUAACGGCCGCGAACUUCGCAAACUUCAGAAACGCGCUCUUAUCUCCUUGUUUAUCUUCGGUAAAGCGCAUUUCUAACUCGCCGUCUUACCGCGACCAAUUAGAGGAUCGCUAGAGGGGGAGGAAGCACGUGGCGAACCAAGUAAUUGGACAUAAAUGAGAAAGUAAACUGGAAAUAUAUUGUCGCGGGAGACAUCCAGCUUUAAAGGUACCUUAAAGUAUCCGCAUCGAUAUUUAUUUCUCCGUCCGUCUAUUCCCAAUCGCCAUCUCGUACAGCUAAAACUUUCAAGGCUCUUUCGAGCCUUGAGCGUGAGAGAACGUAUAUAUAUCCGCGUUUUAUAUCCUUCGCUAACAAUACCCGUUUCUUUAUAAAACGGUCAUGGUAUGACGAGAAAAUCGCCGUCUUCCUCUCCCUUUCUCGCUCCCUCUCACGCGUGAUAAAAAGCGCGCGGGCGAAAUUCAAAAGCGUCCGUGCGAUCAUUCGUAAUGAUAGGAUCGAGACGUGUUCGAAAAACACGCGCGUGUACAUUCCAAAAUCUUCCGCUUUAGCCGAUUCUCGAGAAACGCUGGGAUAUCAUGUCGGUGAAAUCGUCCCGGAGAACCGCGCGGAACGAAGAGCGAAGAGGGAAUGCGCGCGCGCGUGUGUGUGCGACGCGAGGUCGCCGUCAAGUGAGGGAGGAGGGAGAAAGGUUCCCCCACUCCUGCGCCAGCGCGCCGCUGCCAUUGGCCGAUCCUCCCCCCUCCCUCACCUCGCGCGCCGUUGUCGACCGCAACGUCAGCGUUUCCCUCUCUUUCUCUCUCUCUCUCUAUCGUUCGGAGCUGCGCGCGCGGACCUGCCCAGUAAAUGCGAGGCUUCCGUUCGGUGUUUGUUGUACGUGCCAAGUGAGAGAGAGUGCUUAAACAAACGCGUUGUGUUUAGACAGUCGGACGGGUAUCUCGGCGACGUACGUCCUCGUCGUCGUCGGUUAACAACACGGAUCGUGUCCGAGAUCAGUCGCGAUGCCGCUGAGUAUCGGUGUUAAUCUACGGGUGACCGGCCACUGUAAUCAGGGCGGUCGCAAAUACAUGGAGGACAUGUUCUGCGUGGCGUUCCAACCGACACCGGACGACAAGGACCUGGAGUACGCGUUCUUCGGGAUAUUCGAUGGCCACGGGGGCGGGGAAGCCGCGACCUUUGCCAAGGAACAUCUCAUGGACAGUAUUGUGAAGCAGAAGAACUUCUGGAGCGAUCGGGACGAGGAUGUGCUGCGAGCUAUCAGGGACGGAUACAUGAACACACACUACGCGAUGUGGCGGGAGCUCGAUAAAUGGCCGAGAACCGCAUCUGGACUACCAUCCACAGCUGGCACAACUGCCAGCAUUGCAUUCAUACGGAAAGGCAAGAUUUACAUAGGUCAUGUGGGAGAUUCCGCUAUUAUAUUAGGCUAUCAAGUGGAGAGUGAUCCUCAAUGGCGAGCAAAAGCUUUGACAAAAGAUCACAAACCAGAGAGUGGACCAGAGAUGACACGUAUACAGGAGUCGGGAGGAAAAGUGGUUAGUAAAUCCGGUGUGCCAAGAGUUGUGUGGAAUCGACCUCGUAUAGGCCAUAAGGGUCCAGUUCGAAGAUCUACUCACAUGGAUGAAAUUCCAUUUCUUGCGGUAGCCAGAUCUUUGGGUGACUUGUGGAGUUACAAUUCUGAAUUAAACACUUUCGUCGUCUCUCCCGAACCAGAUGUCAAAGUUAUUCCAGUUGAUGUCAAAUCACAUCGUUGUCUCAUUUUUGGUACGGAUGGUUUAUGGAAUAUGUUGUCGCCACAAGCUGCUGUAGCGAUUGUUCAAGCUACAGAUAGACAUAAUGAGAAACAUUUAAUAGCAUCACAGCAGACUGGCAAUGGUGCUGAUUUACAAAUGUGGAUAAAUCCCUCAAAAAGUCUUGUGGAUCGUGCAUUGGAGAGGUGGUCAUCAACUAGGUUACGGGCAGAUAAUACCAGUGUUGUGACAUUAAUGUUAGAUCCAUCAGGGCCAUGUCGCAGUGAGGUAUUGUUUAAUCAAAAGAAGGAUCGUGUCAUACAUCAUGGAACACACACGCCAUCUACAACGAUACCUUCCGAAAAUAUCGAGAAAGCCAAUUCGAAAGUGCAUCCAUCACCGUGCAUACCGACACCGCCGCCAAGCUUUUCCGCGAAUCCCGAUAUCGAUGCCAAGCAACCGGACUCGUCAAAUGGCAGUGAGGAGAUCGUCAAUCCGAUGUUACAACCGCAAACAGUUUCGUACCCUGAAAAAUCAACUUCGCCAGAGACCGAUAUUUCUACGGAAUCACCGGAUACUGCGAAGGAUAUAAGUAUCGAGGCUACCGAUGUUGGCGAGAGUAUCCAGGUUGCCGAAAUCUCUUCUAGCCAAAUGCCAGAAGAAACCGGAGAAUCGGAAGAUAAAGUAACGGAUGAAACAAUUCUCGAUAAAUUAGAAAAUUUUGAAAAGAAGCAAGUAACUGAACAGAACGAAAAUGAAAAGACGAAGAUUGAUAAUACACAGACUUUCAUCCAGUCUAACUUAAAAUCGAACAAGUUUACCGAGCUUAAGGAAGUGGUAAACGAGACAGGAGUAUCUCAUGUGACGCGACAAAAUACAUUUUCUGACGUGAAAGAGGAAGCAAUCCAACCAGCUCCUCUUUUAAGCAGAUUACGCCGGAGUGGCGGUAUUGUUCCUGUCAAAAGCAAGAGUUUCGAUAGUGGUGAAAUGAGAAAUGGUGUUUUAAAUGGAUCGAGGCACAAGCAACAACAUUCUUUAUUUCCUGCUACGAGGACGGACGUUAGAACAAUAAAGCGUCGACACAGUCUGAACUCGCAAGCUCAGAAUGCUUUCGUACAGACUCCGGAUUCCAAAACUUAUGUGAGCGUAAAGUCUCGAUACAGUAGAGUAUCGAAACCGCCCGUUAUGGGAAAUGCUGCGUCAGCGGAAGAGACAACGAAGAACACGUCAAAACGGGGAGAUACUAACUGUAAACGCAGGCACAGCACGAUCACGCAGACAUCGGUAGCAUCGACUGGAGUUGAAAAUGAUUGCGCACAGCAGGAACCGUGCGCGAAGAGGAGAACGCGGUCCGAGGAUCGACGGCAGAAUCCUACAGAUGAGAACGAUCCGGCCAAUCAGACGGAAAAUGCGAGCGGUCGGCUAAGUUGGCCCACGUCGGACAGACGACCGGAUUCGACAUUAUCGUUGAACGGUGCUACUACGACGACGCUCUCCUCGUCGUUCCAACGUAGAAGUUUAGCAAAGAAGGCCACACCUGUUAAAACCAUUAGGAGGCCAUCUAUCAACGGUUCGAAAUUGCAACAACUGAGAGGUAGUUUUCUGAGAGAUUGGGACCAAGGUAGAAGCAAUCGAGCAAACAAUUGUAACGACAGAAGGACAUUAAAUAGGACGGUAACGAUUGUCAGUCCUUCAGAUACGACGAUGCCACAGCGAUGGUUAAGAUCAGACACAAUGGCGGCAACACCUGUGAAAACGCUACGUUCGCGUAAUGUAGACAUCGUUGGUAAUACGAUAUCUGCACAAUUGGUUCACCAGUAUGGAGUAGUGAAGCAUCGAUUAUCCUUACCGAACAAGUUGAAGCAACAGUCUGCAAACGGUGGAUCGUUACAAUCUAGUAGAGUCAGGUCUUCCUCGUUGUCAUCCAAUAAACUUAAACAAGCGAAUAGUAACAGUGGAAGCGUGAGUACUUGCGCGACCAUUAAUCCGUCGACUACAAAUUCCACUUCUGGUAUAGCUAAGAGGGUCAAAUCACCAUACAAUCCCAGUGCUCGAUCACUGAGCACGCGAUCUCGCAUUAAACGUCUUGGAAAGUAAGAUUAACGAGAAUUAUUAGUUUUUCUUUUAUGGAAAUAUUUGAGUAUUUUUAGGGUAUGAUUCACUCUUACCCUUAUUUUCUUUACUAUUUUGUAAAUUGUCUCUUAUCAUGGGAUAAUUCUUGCAUGUAUGUUACAUACGUCUCUUUGAAAUGUCCUUACUUAUUUUUAAAAUU